AUGAGGGAUGCAACACUCUACUUUUGGGAUGAACCGUUCCUGUAUCGACACUGCAAAGAUGGAGUGUUCCGACGAUGUGUUCUUGAAGCUGAGAUUCCAGGGAUACUACAUCACUAUCAUGGUUCCUCUUAUGCCGAGCACUUUGCAACAUUCAAAACCGUCUCAAAUAUUUUGCAAGCCGGUUUCUGGUGGUCCACAAUGUUCUGUGAUGCUCAAGCUUUCAUCUCCAAGUGCAAUUCAUGCCAGCGACAAGGGAACAUCAGCAAGAGGAACGAGAUGCCUCAGAACUUCAUACUCGCGAUCGAGGUGUUCGACUGUUGGGGGAUUGACUUCAUGGUACCAUUCCCACCUUCGUACAAGAACGAGUACAUCCUAGUCGUGGUAGACUAUGUCUCAAAGUGGGUAGAAGAAAUAGUCAGCCCCACUAAUGAUGCGCGUGUUGUGACCAAGAUGUUCAAAUCAAUCAUCUUUCCAAGGUUUGGAGUACCUAGGGUGGUCAUAAGCGAUGGAGGCACCCACUUCGUCAACCAAGUGUUCCAAGGGCUCUUGAAGAAGAACGGUGUCAAGCACAAAGUUGCAACCGCAUAUCACCCUCAAACAAGUGGUGUUGGGGUCAAAAUCGGAUGGGAUGAGGAAUCUGCGACAAGGUACAACACGCUCCUCAACACCGAGAUCCUGCCCACUCGCUUCGGUCACGCGGACACCCUUGCGGCCCUUGGACUCGACACCGACGUGUUUGAAACACUCCAGGCCAUGGGGAUUGCUCCCCUCUGCUACCAAACACACGAGCUCUACCCAGAUCUAGUCCGACAAGUGCUCGCUACAGCUCACAUCAGGUACGAGAACCCUUCCGCGCCUACCUACUUGAACUGCUCCUUCUCAUUCAUGGUCGACAUGAAGUUCUGCUCCCUCUCGCUUGACAAGCUCAACGAGAUUUAUGAGACUCCGGACAAGCGUAGGGAGGUAGCAGUGAAGAAUAAGUUCGCACCAUCAAACCCAUUGUUGGGGUCAAAAACGGUUACGACGAAGUUAGUAUUCAAAUGUACAUAA